CUUCCCCCUCCCCCUCCCCACCUAUGCUCCCCAUCCCCCACUCCUCCUACCCCCGUCCCUCUCUCCCCUCCCCCUUUCCCAUCUCUCCAUCUCCACCGCGCCCUCCUCUUAAACCCUCCUUGAACCCGUCCAAAAUCCUUCUGAUCUCCACAAGCGGACCAAGCUGUGGCAGUGGCGCUGGGGGACCUAGAGCGCCUGGAGGCGAAGCAGAGGCACCUGGCGUCGCUGCUGGAGCAGACGCGCGCCGACAUGCGUGCUCUCAAGGGGCAGAUCUCCGCCAACCAGGCCGCCUGUGAGCAGAAGGAGGAGGCGGUGGGCAAGGUGAGGGCGAGUCUGGAGGAGCAGCAGGCAGCGGUGGAGGCGAAGCGGGGCGAGAUAGGCACAGCGCUCGUUGCAGGGCUGAGCGCGGGCGAGCAGGCGGAGGUGGAGGCCCUGGUUCCGGAGAUAGACAGCCUCAAGCAGCAGCUGCUGGUGUGCAAGCGCACCCGCAUGGAGGUGGAGAGCCGCAUGAGCCAGCUGGAGACGGUGCUGACUGAGAACCUGCUGAGGCGGCAGGACGAGGUGCAGGCGGAGGUGGACGUGGUGCACGUGGCGUCCCGGAGGAGCGAGCUGGAGGGGCGGCGGGCGGAGGCGGCUGCUGCGGACGCGGCCCUGCAGGACCUGGUGCAGGAGCACAAGCGUGUUGCCAGUCGCAUGGAGCAGCUGAUGAAGGAGAUCAGGGAGCUCAAGGCCAACAAGGACAAGCUCAAGCAACAAGAGGAGGAGUGGGAGCGGGUGGUGCAGGACGAGGGCAAGGCUUUGGAGCAGCUGCUGAACCAACGCAGCGUGUGGCAGCACAGGAGGGACGACGCCAGCAAGAAGAUCCGCGACCUCGGGUCGCUGCCUGCUGACGCCUUUGACAAAUACCAGAAGCAGAGUGCGCGCGAGCUGCACCGGCUGCUGCACCGGUGCAACGAGGAGGUGCAGGGCUUUGGGCACGUGAACCGCAAGGCACUGGACCAAUACGUCAACUUCACGGAGCAGCGCGAGGAGAUGCAGCGAAGACAGCUGGAGCUCGAUAGGAGCGACGAGAAGAUCAAGGAGCUGAUAGGGGUGUUGGACCAGCGCAAGGACGAGGCCCUGGAGCGCACGUUCAAGCAGGUGGCGCGCAACUUCCGAGAGACCUUCGCACAGCUGGUGCCCAGCGGGCACGGGUCGCUGGUGAUGGUGCGCAAGCGCAAGGAGGACGAGGCGGUGGAGGAUGAUGAUGAGGACGAGGACGGGGGCAACAAGGACGGUGACGCGGACAGCCGCUUGGAUAAAUAUGCUGGCGUUCGUGUGAAGGUGUCGUUCACAGGGCAGGGAGAGACGCAGGCCAUGCGGCAGCUGUCUGGAGGGCAGAAGACGGUGGUGGCCCUCGCACUCAUAUUCGCCAUCCAGCAGUGCGACCCCGCUCCAUUCUACCUCUUCGAUGAGAUCGACGCAGCUCUGGACCCUCAAUACCGGGCGGCAGUGGGAAGCAUGAUCCGCAAGCAAGCGGACGAGGCGAACACGCAGUUUGUGAUCACGACGUUCCGGCCCGAGCUGGUGAAGGUGGCGGACCGCGUGUACGGGGUGUUCCACAAAAACAGGGUGAGCACCGUGAAGGUCAUCGACCAGCACGCCGCACUCGCCUUCAUCGAGCACGACCAGGGCGGACCCACCGAGUGAAGGGGGGGGGGGGGGGGGGGGAGGGGAUGAAGGGAAAGGGGGAGUGGUGGGGGGCGAGGAGAGUGGUGGAGGAAGGGGAUGGAGAGAAAAUGGUGCAGGCAGCAGUGUGACUACUACACGUCUGUUAGGCUAACACUGACACUGACAGUUGCGGCUGUGGAUGGAGGACCAAGAUUCUCGAGUAUAUCUCCUACCACUAAUCUCACACAAGAUUUGAUUUUGUGAACCGGGAGAAUACCGUAUGCCAUUGGUUGGAGAAGUUUCAUCUGCCUGUAUAGCUCACAGAUCUUUCUUUGUUUCCAUUUUAGAUUCUUUCACCUUAAUCGUAUUUUGUUGAUACUGUGCUCAAAUUGUUGUUAAAGGUCCGUGCUAUUUUCCCAUUUCCA